AUGACAUCUGGACCUGAGCUUGAGACCGGCACUGCAGAACCUGUAGUCGAUGAAAAUUUUACUCUGGAGAUUGCAGAUAUUGUGGUGAUGGUGGUGUAUUUUGUAUUUGUGCUGGCAGUGGGAAUAUGGUCCUCAAUCAGGGCCAACAGGGGAACAGUUGGAGGAUACUUCUUAGCAGGCAGAUCCAUGACAUGGUGGCCAAUUGGUGCUUCGCUGAUGUCCAGUAAUGUUGGCAGUGGCUUGUUCAUUGGAUUAGCGGGCACUGGGGCAGCAGGAGGACUUGCUGUUGGGGGAUUUGAGUGGAAUGCAGCAUGGGUGCUGAUUGCUUUGGGCUGGAUCUUUGUACCUGUGUACAUUUCUGCUGGAGUGGUCACCAUGCCCGAAUACCUGAGGAAGAGGUUUGGGGGGCAGCGAAUUCGGAUCUACAUGAGUGUGCUGUCUCUCAUUCUCUACAUUUUUACCAAAAUAUCAACAGACAUUUUCUCUGGAGCGCUCUUCAUUCAGGUGUCACUGGGGUGGGAUCUGUACCUCUCUACUGUAGUGCUGCUUGCAGUCACAGCACUUUACACUAUAGCUGGUGGGCUGACAGCAGUGAUCUAUACAGAUGCAUUACAGACCGUCAUUAUGGUAGUUGGAGCAUUUGUUCUUAUGUUUAUAGCGUUUGAAAAAGUGGGCUGGUAUGAGGGUUUACUGGAGCAGUAUGGAAAAGCUAUACCUAAUGUUACUGUUCCUAACACAACGUGUCACCUCCCUCGUCCUGACGCCUUCCACAUUUUUCGGGAUCCAGUCAGUGGAGAUUUACCAUGGCCAGGCCUGCUCUUCGGACUUACCGUGCUGGCUACAUGGGUGUGGUGCACUGACCAGGUGAUAGUACAGAGGUCUCUGUCUGCAAAAAACCUGUCACAUGCCAAAGGAGGCUCAGUGCUAGGAGGAUACUUAAAGAUUCUUCCUAUGUUCUUUAUCGUCUUGCCAGGCAUGAUUAGCAGAACACUCUACCCAGAUGUGGUGGGAUGUGUGGAUCCGGACGAGUGCUUUAAAAUUUGUGGAGCUACUGUAGGCUGUUCCAAUGUUGCUUACCCUAAACUGGUGACGGAGUUAAUGCCAGUAGGUAUGCGAGGGCUGAUGAUUGCAGUGAUUAUGGCAGCUCUUAUGUCCUCUCUUACCUCAAUAUUUAACAGUAGUAGCACCCUUUUUACCAUGGAUAUUUGGCUGCGUAUCCGACGCCAGGCCUCUGAAAAGGAGCUGAUGGUCGUGGGCAGGGUGUUCAUUUUAUUUCUGGUGGUCAUUAGCAUUUUAUGGAUUCCAAUAAUCCAAUCAGCCAAUAGUGGACAGCUGUUUGACUACAUUCAGUCCAUAACCAGCUUUAUGGCUCCUCCAAUCACUGCAGUCUUUCUGAUGGCCAUCUUCUGGACUCGAGUCAAUGAACAAGGUGCCUUCUGGGGUCUGAUGGUAGGUUUGGUCAUUGGGUUCAUACGAAUGGUGAUGGAGUUUGCCUAUGGUACUCCAUCCUGUGGAAAGGAAGACCAAAGGCCUGCACUGCUGAAGGAUGUGCACUACCUCUACUUUGCUCUUAUACUGCUUGCACUGUCGGUUCUGGUUAUUACUGUAGUGAGCCUUUGCACUGCUCCUAUUCCUGAGCAACAUCUUGUUCGUCUAACCUGGUGGACUAGACACAGCACAAAGGAGCGUGUAGAUCUGGAUGAUCCAUGGGCAAAUUCAUCCACAUCCGCAACCCCAAAGCCUGCUGCUUCUGGUUCAGAGCUGGACAGGGAUAGGGACAGGGACAGGCCUGCAUGUUGGAAGCGAGUGGGAAUGUGGCUGUGUGGACUAUCUGAAGCCUCAAAGCCAGAGCUAAGCAAAGAGGAGCAGCUGGUUCUUGAAAAGAAGCUGACCAGCAUCGAGGAGAAGCCGAUUUGGAGAAAUGUUUGCAAUGUCAAUGCUAUUAUUCUGCUCACGGUCAAUGUCUUUCUUUGGGGUUACUUUGCUUGAAAA